CGAAUUCCCGGAUGUUGCACUUGGGUUCUUGUUGUUUGUUCGCGGAGAAGAAGACCACGCGUUCCUCCAACAAAUUCAUCAAUAAUGUCUGAUAACACUGACGCCAAGCCAGAAGGGGAAGGGAACGAAUACAUCAAACUUAAAGUUGUAGGACAGGACUCCAAUGAGAUCCACUUCCGAGUGAAGAUGACCACACAGAUGGGCAAGUUAAAGAAGUCGUACAGUGAGCGGGUGGGAGUCCCUGUAGCAUCGCUGCGUUUCCUCUUUGACGGACGGCGCAUUAAUGACGAAGAAACGCCCAAAGCUCUGGAAAUGGAGAAUGAUGACGUAAUUGAAGUGUACCAGGAGCAGACCGGCGGCCAUUGAUGCAACACAUUCCCGCGACCAUAGGAAUAAGACAUCGUUAGGUUAAGGAAGUUUAUUUUUCGCCACACAGUGUACCUUUAUUUUCUGGCUGAGAUUUUCGCACAGACCAGGCAAUGUGCGCAGACCUUUUUAGAUGGAAUUUCUGCGAGUCUCGUACAAUGUAUAAUCAUGCAAGAGUCUGAAAAAUUAUUAAAUUUUCUCUUUUUCUUUUUAUAUAUGUAUGUUAUUUGCCCAGGGAUGGUUUCCUGGAGCAAAUUGUGCAGCAGCAGUGUGCGACUUCACCAGGCCUAUCUCAAGACCAGGCAUGAGAGAACUUAAGUUUCUGCAUAGCUUUUGAGAUUUGGGUGUUAACGCAUCUAAUAUGUUGUUAACCAAAAGAAUGAAGAUUUCCCUCUCUUUUUAUUUUUUUGAAAGCAUUGUAAGUCAUGAAUGUUAGUACCUUUUUUCAUUAAAUUUUUUAUUUCUAAUCCUUACAAUUCCAAGUAGUAAGAAGGAAAGACCUCAAAUUUAAAUUCUUGACAAGGGUUAUGCUUAACCAUUAGUCUGCAUUGUUCGAAUGUUCUGGUAAUAGAUUGCAGCUGGUCAUCUUUAUUGCUGUGAACCAAAAUAGACUCUGUGAGUUCUAUGUGUUACUCAUUCAAUACAUUCUAAAUAUAACCCAAUUUCGUCUUUUUGUUUUAUAUUAUUUGUGGAUAGCAAAAAAUUUUAAUAUUUCAUACAUAAUGUGAGAAGCAGUGAAGUAAAAUGAUUGUGUAAA